AUGCUUUUAGGAACAAAGGGCCAGCGGUUCCAGACCACCCUGGGAAUCUUUGAAGUCCAGCCCGAAGGCUCUGGGAAACUCGACGAGGCAAAUGACUACUGCAAAGCCAAGUCUACGAGCGACAAAGAAGAUGCGAAUAUCAACGCAGGCCCGCCUCAAAACACCAGAAGUCAGGGUUACCGAAGACAACUUCAGAUAGAAGGAAAGGGAGUGAGAUAA